AUGGGUCUGGAGGAGGAUUUCAACAAGGCAGCGGAGGAGGCCAAGACCCUUCCAGAGGCCACCACCAAUGAUGAGAAGCUCAUCCUCUAUGCCCUGUUCAAGCAAGGCACCGUGGGCGACGUCAACACUUCCCGCCCCGGCGUGUUUGACCUGAAGGGGAAGGCAAAGUGGGACGCCUGGGACAAGCAGAAAGGCAAGGACAAGGAGACUGCCCAGAAGGACUACAUUGCAAAGGUUGCGGAGCUGAAGGCCAAGUAUGCCUAG